CGGGUGGUGGCCAGUCGUUCGCCAACAGUGACAAAACGAGCGUGCGUGCUCCGGAGUCCGCCCGGCUCCGCCUGGCCUACGAGCGCACGUAGGUGCAUGCCACUUGCGGCGUUCGCCGCUCGCGCACAAUAGCGAUAUACACCGCGUGGUAGGGAGGGUGGGACGUGGGACAAGUGUCUUAGGCCGCUCAGGCGGCGAACACAGAAAGGGGAAAGCGGAAAGAUGGCGAUGGCGCAUCGGUAUUACGUGCAGCAGUAGUGAUGCAGUGCGAGCGAGUGCCGCCGUCGUCGUUUGCUCCGAUCGUACGUACGCGCGCGAUCGCUCGCUGAGCGGAGCGCGGGCCAAAUGACAUGGGAAUUUGCAGCAGAAGGCACUUCCUACUGACGAUAUGCAGCCUGCAGCUAAUUACCACCAUAGAACGUCAAGUCUUCGACUUUUUGGGGUUUAUGUGGGCCCCGAUACUGGUCAACUUCUUCAACAUUAUCUUCGUAAUUCUAGGAUUCUUUGGGGCCUUUCAAUAUAGACCUAAAUAUAUCAUAUCGUAUUGUAUAUGGAAUACAUUAUGGCUAGGAUGGAACAUAUUUAUCAUAUGCUUUUACCUCAAUGUAGGGAUACUGGACAAAGAUAGCGAUGUACUUAAUCUCGGCACUGGUAGUUUUUCAUGGUGGUACGUGAACGGGCCAGGUUGCAAAGCUGUUUACGACGUGACGGAACCGGAGCUUUUUCGACCCGCGCGACCCACUAACGUAACAGACUGCGUGCUAGAUUACGAAGUGAUAGAAAUUUUACACGCUACGACGCAAUGUAUUCUAGGUUUUAUGGCAAUUGUCGGCGGAAUUUGUCUUAGUAAAGUGUUCCUUGAGGAAGAUGAUAGCUUUGACUUUGUCGGAGGUGAUGACUUCGGGUUGGCAGGCCACACGCCGUUGCAUCCUAUGUACGUUAGCUACUCGGCUCUUCCACCACCCGCCUACUCCCUCAAAAAUUCCGCUCAGAACAAUUACCCGACCGGCACAGCUAGCUCUCACCAAUCUGCCUAUCGCGAGUCGAGUUUUCCAAAGCGCGGCGGCGAGAAGCUGCUGGGCGGCGGCGGCGGCGGUUGCUCCGCGCGUGGAAAGGUGAUCAACGCCGUCGGUCCCAAGAGCGACACCGUCCGUAGUAACAGCAGUCGCUCGUCCAGCCGCGAUUUCCAGAACCUAGACUAUUCGGUCGACUACCUAAACCCGGUGGACCAUUUGCAGCGGCCGGUGUCACCCGCGUACGACGAGUACGACUCGUUAGACAGCGCCGCUAAGCUGCGAUAUCAGAAAAACCGGCUGUACUAUCCGCACUCGGCCAAGUACAGCCCGGUCGCGCGUAUCAAGUGCCGUCAGGUCACGGCGGCGGCGAAGCAGGCCAGGAAUCCUCUCGUCAGACCCCGCGUCUUCAUUGAUCACGUGCGCGACCAGCCGCUGAGGUCGUUUUACUCCGAUCCGAGAUUGGCCGUUGAUCAAGCGGCGAACGAGCGCGACCGGUCGUCUUCUCAGUCGAAACGAGACAGCCGGCCGUUGUCCUUGCACGCGAUACGAACUAAACGAAAGAAGAAGCAGCCGCGGCCGUUGUACAGCAUUGAGUACUCGCAGCCCGAGCCGCCGAUGCAGGAUGACAGCAGCGUGUCGCCGAAGCCGAUGACGCCGCGCCGAGUGAAGCGACGUUCCGUGAUCUCGCGGGACGGCACACGGCGGUCCAGCACGCGGCGCAGCUCGGUGCGCCAGUCGCGCCGCAAGAACCCGGUGAACCGCAUUAUGGACCACCAGGAGAGCCUGUACGCGAACACGGUCACCCCCUGCAUCAGCAACCUGACGAACCAGAACGUCAGCUCGCUGUCGCAGGGCACGCUCAACUACGACCGGAUCGCGGUCGGCUGGGACCGCGGCGAGCGGAACACCGCCGAGCGGAACUGGCAGCCGGAAGCGGUGAACAUGGCGGUGUCGUCGCCGACCCUGUGGCCACCGGCUGGGACCCAGGACUCGAACGCUUCAUCCAGCUUCCCGGUCGGUCAGAGCCCGCCCGCUGGUUGGGAGCAACAUCCGACCACCAGUUCCACCCGCAAUCUCACCGACAACUGGCAAGCGUCGCCCGGCGAGGUGAAUCCGAUGCAGUGGCAGGGCCAGAGCAACCCCACGUUCCAGCAGACCAGCACGCAGAGCCUGAACGGCGAGGAUAUGGAGGAAUUGUACAGCAAUCGGCCGGCCAGCGCUAGAUCCAGCUACAGCAAUUACCACGGCGUCAGGGCGACGCCGCAGGUGCCUAAUCGCACCGACGUUGUCAGGCAGAGCCAGCGACAGUUCGUCCUCAGUGGACCGCCCGCUUAUCAGGACACGGUGAUCUGACGAUGUAGCGACUCGGGGGAGUCUCAGGUACACGCCUUGUGUUGAAGACGAUAUGUUGGGAUAAUAAAUUGCAAGCGAUAAAAUUGGCCUUAUACAAUUAUAUCUGCCAUUUAUCAGAUACAGUAAGUGAGAUAACUGAUCGUAGGUGAAAUGAGUAGUAACAUUCAUUUUUUGCGAAUGAAAAUGGCACUAUUUUUGAUAGCGCUAGUCGCGCACGCGACGCCUUUGAUUCGAUAAAAAGCGAAAAUAAUGAAGAUUUAAAGAAAUCGCAGCAAUAUACUCUCUAAAUCUCAUAGAGUGGUUUUGCCAUUAACAUAUUAGAGUGAUUGCGAUAGUCACUCCGAAAGAGAGAUAAUUUGUCACUCGGGCACUCAUAAAGAGUAAAUUUUUUACUUAAAUUUUUAGAGCAGCUACUCCACCGGAGUGAUACAAUAUCACUCUAAAACUCUAAAGCUAUAGUGAAUCACUAAAAGUAAUUGAUAAGUGACUUUAACAGAGUGAAAUUUUUCACUUAAAAUUGUAAAGACAAAAUUUACUCUUAUGGACACCAAUCUACUGCACUCGAAAAGAGUGCUUUUUCACUCAAAUGGAGUACGAUUUUACUCCAGAGCACAAUUUCAGUUUUUCUUAGAGUGACAAAUUACUCAAAGUGUAUAGGCUCAAUUUUCACUUUUUGUUACACUUGCCUUUUACUCGUUUUGAAUGAUAUUUCACUCUUCGAUUUUUAGAGAGUGAGAGUGAAUUUUUCACUCUAAUUUUUAGAGCAGGUACUCCACCGGAGCCAUACAAUUUCACUCUAAAGCGCUAUAUAGAAUUAUGCAAGUCACUAAAAGUCGACUGAUAAGUGACUUUAAGAGUCCAUAAAAGUGACAUGAUUCACUUUUAUGGACACCAAUCUACUGUACUCGAAAUGAGUGCUCUUUCACUCACACGGAGUGCAAUUUUACUUCAACUUACAGAGCGCAAUUUUACUCUUUCUUGGAGUAACGAAUCACUCGAAGUGUACAGGCUCAAUUUUCAUUUUUCGUUGCACUUGCAUCUCACUCGUUUUGAGUGACAUUUCACUCUUCGACUUUUAGAGAGUAAAAUGUAUUAUUUCCCCGUCGUCGGUAUUUCAAGUUGUAAUAAUUUCAAACAGUUGUUUUAACUAUCUCAAUAAUUGUAUCACAGUUAAAGUGAUUGUUUAAUAGUGUCUAGAACUUUUAUGAUGGGAGAAGAAGCGAACAUCGCGAUUUCGCCGAUCUUAGAGCUUUACUCGAUGCGGAUCGAUGCGACAGAUCUCUACUAGUGUUGCAUCGCGUUGUACUAUAAUAACGUCUGUAAGCGAUCUUACUUAAAGACUCGAAGAGCCGUUAUUCGUUCUCUCUGGUCGUUUCGCAAUAUUAUUUUAGAGGUAUCCAAGUGAUUCGCGUUAUUAUGAUUUGCCGAUUUAAUAUAGUAGACGACGGUCGACAGUGAAUCCGUAUAUAGUCGACGUGAUAUGAGAUGAUCUUGAAAACGGCGCAAGAGUUAACUCUUAGAUAUAAUCGUUAAGUUGACUCAACGCACAGAUCUUGCAAUGUACAUUAGAACUUACGCCACUUUCAAGGUAGACAAUGAAGAUUGCCUUUACUCUCUCAGGAUUGAUCUAUCCGACUGACGUGUGUGAAAUUAGUGUACUUAAGAUACAGAAGUUAUAAAACAGAUCGAAAUCCUAAGAGCGUUAGAGUUUUUACGCGACAUGCUCCCAUUCAUUCUUCUUUUCGUUGUUAAAAGGUUUCUUAGGAGCUUUACACUUAUCAUCCUCAUCUUAUUUAUAUCAUAGAACUAAGGAUCCUCUUGUUCUACGCAUAAAAUCAAAAACUCAUCGCAUUAUCUGUAAAUAUAGAUUUAUAAUCACAAUCACGCUUGAAAGCGUAUUUUAUCGACAACAUUAUACAAUCAAUUUUAUUUAUAAUUCUUCUUAAGUACGAUCAACGGCUUACGCUAUUUUUGACAUUUUAUGGUAAUACGGAAUCAAAAGAUGUUCACCUCUGUGAACUUUAUGAUCUUUUCGCGAUCAACUUUUUAUACAAUUUGUAUACAACUCGUUUUUAUUUGAACAUUUAUGUGUAUGUUUGAGCGUAUACAAUUAUGCGACAGUCUUCCAAAAGUGAUAGAAGAUAAAAAUUUUGAUGCGAUUCGUUUUUGUAUGCAUUAAUGACAAAUAGUAAACUUAUAGAAUAAUAAUGACGUACAAUAUUAUAUCGCGUGCAAUACUACGCGUUUGCAAUACAAUAUCAGUGCACUGUCUUUUUUACAAUGUUUAAUUAUUUACAGUAUUAGAAUUAUAAUCUUUGUAUACGCUGAGAAAUUGAAACUGACGCGUCUAAGCUAAUUCUGUAUAAGUCAUACAUGUGUUAUAUGCUCGAGAUACUUUAAUUUGUAGGAUUUUGUUGGAAUUUGGACUUUUUCAAAGUGCCAAAAGUCAUUUCAGAGUAACAAAAUUUCAACUUAUUUUUACCCAAUGUCAUAAAAAGAUGAUGAUUGUCCAAAAAUUGAUCACAAUUUUCGUAUAUUAUUCGUCAAUCAAAAGAAAAUUUACAAAAUAUGUUUUUUUCCAUUUAUUAAUUAAUAUGUAUGUAAUUAUUACAUACAAUUUUUUCAUUGCUUAUAUUUUUCACGCGGUAAAUGUUAGCUCGUUUAUAUAAAUGCGUCGAGAAUUAGGGAGGAGAUAGAAACCAAAGUUUUAAAUAUCAAUGUACGAGUAAGAUCAACUUUAAAACUGCCUCACCUGUUCUGAUUGUUGUACAAUCUAGAAUUAAUUCUGAGACUCGUUAAAUCAAAUGAAACGUGAAUUACGUUUAAUUUCUUACUUAUAAGAAUCUCGUAGUUUUCUAAUUGUAUAGGUACUUACAUCAACUGGACUAUUAUACUUACAAAUGUAAUAAUAGCUUCACGUACACGGCAGCUAUCUUAUCGAUUGCGAAGCACAUACAGUGCAAUUAUAUCGGUGCACUUUGUUUUAUUAAAAUGACGUCUCGGAUGUCGCAUUGUUUGCGUUACAUAUCGCAUCAUGCAGUUUUAAAUGACGAAAAUUUAGUAAUAAUUGUUUGAAUUACGUACAGUUUAUUCAGUGUAAGAGAUUACACUCGAGAUUUACAGUUAUUAUACAAUAUAUUAUAUUACCGUGUAACAAUUGCAAGACAAUAAACGAUAAAUGUUCAUUACUCUAA